GCAACAGGUCUCUUAUGCUGCCACAAUCGUCUCGACCAUGGUGAGGAGCCAUGAGGAGACAAGCAUUGUUGAGUGGUCGUGUAGCCGCCUCUGGACGGCUCCUGCUCAGCAAAAGGCCAACCGGCAUUCGACCUACCAAUAUUCCAUCCAACAGCAAUAAUUACAGUGGUGCCGGUCCGAGAGUUGUAUUCGUUUGACUGCCACCGCGGCUGUCCUUUUCACAUCAAUUCUUUUUCCUUCGGGUUCACUGUCAAGCUGUCCACACCAGAGAAGAUGAUGUGAUGGCUUAUCUCUACCAGUAUUGCAGAGGGCUCAUCCUCCUGUACCGUCCCAAACCAUCCCCAUCUUUGGAACAUGUAUGUAGUACCGGUACAGCACUCUCAGAGUGGCCAUGACGCUGAAUGCCAAUGGGAACGGCUCCGAUCGAUUGUCCGAUCGAAUGAUCGAUUCGAUUCAAUUCGAUUCUGAUUCGAUUCGGGUUUCUUGAAGUAGGGUUGAGGGUAACGUCAUUCUCUUCACAAGCCAACAACCAACCUGGGCAACUGCCACACACUCCUUCGCUUUGGAAGCCGACAAACUGCAUCUCUCAUCUCUCUCUCCGAUCCUUGGAACGCUCUUGCCACGACAAUGAUGUCCUCUAGCAUGAAACAAAGCCUACAACGACUGGUUCCAGUUGUUCUGUUGGCAGCCUUUGCCAUCUUCUUCGGCUCUACUUUGGUCGCGACGAAGGACCAGCCUCUCAGCAAUGACGUCAACGUUGGUACUCAGUUUGGAGAUGCAAUGACCGAGCUUUCACACGAUUUCAAGCUGGCAGUGUUCGAGCUUUUGGAACAUGAUGCCAAGUUGCCUAUGUACGAGGCACGGCGCCGGAUUCUUGACCUUGAGGUUUCUACAAUGAAACAGGUUCAUCGACACUACAUGGCGGCGUUGUUGCAGGCUACUGUCAAGGAGACAAUGGAGAACGUAUCAGAACUUUACGAGAUGAUUACCACUUGGGUUCAUGAAUUGCUCUCAAAUAUAUUGAUUUUGGUUGUAGAUGGGGUGACUGUGGAACACUUUGAGCUCCAUGCAGGCGAAUUGGAAGGGUCUGGUAGAGCCAUUUGCGUUGUCAAACCCAACAAGAACUCGACUUCCUGUCUUUCUUUGGAAGCAUUGACUAUCAACGUCCCAACAACAAACAGCACAAUUACAGAGGAGGAGCAACCAGCCGUUGUGGAAUAUGCACCAGUGGAAUUGAAGGCUGGUGGAUCCCAUGGUCAAAAUGAUGUGAUCAAGGCGGAGCAACAACAAGUCAUCAUGGAAUCGACGGCAGCAGCAGCGAACGUCCCUAAUGAUGACAUUUCUUCCUCUACAAGUACAACGACCCCACGCACAGAGAUCAACGUUGUUUCGCCAAACCCCUUGUCCGACGAGGAGAUCUUCCUCGUCGGUGACGAUCGCAGUGAUGGCAAAGAGCCGGCGACGGGUGCUGGCAGUUCGGGCACCAGCGGCCAAGAUGUCGUCCCGAGCGACAAAGCGCCCUCUGCUGGCACAUCUCUUUCCGACAAUCCUUUGCCAAACCCCUUGUCCGAUGAGGAGAUUGAGCGUAUGUGCAAUAUUCGGUAUGGCAAAUGCUACAAUGGCUUCAACGACAUCAAGGACAAUGAUGAUCGCCGCCUAGCCGUCAAUGUGUGCGUGAAUAUUCUUAUCGAAGAGAUUGUCCAGAGUCAAAUUGGGUGCAAGAAGUAUGCUGUUGGAUUCCGUGAUCUUCAUGUGCAGAGCAAUCAGGAGAAGGCAUCGAUGGCGGAAAGACUCGAACAGGACAAGACAUCGAUGGCGGAAGAAUUCAAACAGGAGAAAGCAUCGAUAGCGGAUGGAUGCCAAAACUGCAGAGACGAGUUGCCCAAAACCAAGGAGAAAGUGGUUGCUCAAGACGCGCUCAGAGCUCAUUGGGAAUCGCAAGUACAACAAAAAGACUUGGUAAUGGAUCAGCUGGGGCAGGGAUAUGAAAAGGUGUGCAAUGAGACGUUGGGACGGAUGAAGGCAAAAGCCGAUAAGGUGAAUUCCACGCUCUCUGCCACAAUCUCUACCUGCCAAGAUGACUUUUUCAAGGCGAACGUUUCAGCUUCCGAAUGUAAAACUCAAUCAGAGAAAUUGUCUCAAAGUCUCACUGCGGCCACGACGGAGCGUGACGGUUGUAAUGGUUACGUUAAGACACUUGCGGAGGAAAAGAAAGCGGCCGAAGCGAAUUUGACUUCCUGCCGGGCGGCGCUCAAUCAAAAGGAGGAAGCUUGCAAUGCUGCGGCUGACGAAGAAAACACCCAGCUUCGGAAUGAUGUUGACACGUGGAAAAGCAAAUUCGACAAACGAGACAAUGACGCAAACAAAUUGGACCGCAGCUUACAAGGAUGCCUGCGUGGGGAGGAAGCCAAGUGAAGUGCUCCCCUUUUUUGUCGUUUUCAAUAGUAGUCUUGCUGGCGAUAUCCAGAACCAGCUAGCCAGGACAUCUAACUACUAAUGCUGCUUCUGUGAAGCUACAUGCAUGUAUUUACUGUCAACUACUUCUGGCCCUGUUCCUAUUCUUCUUCUGCUCUUGUCCUGG